GGUCCGGGACUCUGCUCGUCCUGCAGCGGGUUUGCGGGGUUGCGGGGUUGCGGGUUUGCGGGUCGCGGGUUCGUCGCCGCAGCUGAAGGUCGUUUUCUGUUGUUUUCUGGUUUUUCUCUCCGUUUUUAAAGGACUUGCGUCGAUGCUGACGGGGACGCGCGGCUGGUGCUCCCGCGGUCCGCGUGCUGCUCCUGCGCAUGCGCACUGAGCUGAGAGGUCUGGGCGGGUCGGGGUCAUGACGGGCCACAGGGGGGUCCGGACAGGACUGGACCUGAUGAGACGGGCCGCCGGUGCCGGGACCCCGGCAGGAGGACCAGGCGGUCCCCCCGGGGCCGGGGGCCAGAGGCCGGCCACCCGGCACCACCACGCCACCGCGGCCCUGGAGAUAUUCAACAAACAAAUGGAGGUGUGCCUCCACCGAGCCCGGGCGGUGCACCGAUAUUCAACGAUGAGCGCUUGUUUGGCGCCGGACCGCCGGGGAACCAGCGGCGGACGGAUCGGGGGGCCCGGGGGCCCCGGGCUCUGGCCCGGCCCGAUCCUCUCGGGACCCAGGCGGGUUUUCAGCCAGGAGAACCCGACCGUCGGGCGUCUGACGUCGGAGGAUAUGGAGAAAGCGAGAAGCGCCAAGAGCAGCGAGGCCCGGCAGUACAAGCAAGUGCUCAGUGAAAGCGCUCGGGAGAGGAAGGUUCCCGUGUCGCGGCUCGGCCGGCUGGUGAACUUUGGAGGUCUGGCAGUCGGACUCGGCAUUGGUGCCAUCGCUCAAGUGGCCAAGAACAGCUUUAAGCCCAAGCAGCAAGAAGGUAACAAGAAGGCGGUCCUGGACUCCAAUCCCUUCCUCUCGGAGGCCAACGCUGAGAGAAUCGUUCGGACGCUCUGCAAAGUCCGCGGCGCGGCGCUGAAGCUCGGACAGAUGCUGAGUAUUCAAGACGAUGCGUUCAUGAACCCUCAGCUGGCCAAGAUCUUCGAGCGCGUGCGGCAGAGCGCUGACUUCAUGCCCACCAAGCAGAUGCUGAAGGUCGUGGAGAAGGACCUGGGCUCCGGCUGGCGGGACGAGCUGCAGGACUUUGAGGAGAAGCCGUUCGCGGCGGCGUCCAUCGGCCAGGUCCACCUGGGGAGGCUGAAGGAUGGCCGGGAGGUGGCCAUGAAGAUCCAGUACCCCGGCAUCGCCAGGAGCAUCCGGAGCGACGUGAACAACAUCAUGACGGCUCUGAGUCUCAGCAACGCCCUGCCCGAAGGUUUGUUCCCUGAGCACCUGAUAGAGGUGAUGAGCAGAGAGUUGGCUCUGGAGUGCGACUACAUCCGCGAGGCCGGCUGCUGCAGGAAGUUCCAGCAGCUGCUGCGGGGCGACUCCUUCUUCCUUGUCCCCGACGUCAUCGACCAGCUGAGCAACCGCCGCGUCCUCACCACCACGCUGGUGUCGGGCUUCCCCCUGGACCGGGCCGUGGACCUGCCGCAGGAGCUGAGGAACGAGAUCUGCCAGCAGAUCCUGGUCCUGUGUCUGAGGGAGCUGUUUGAGUUCCGCUACAUGCAGACGGAUCCCAACUGGUCCAACUUCUUCUUCGACCCGCAAACUCACAAGGUGGCGCUGCUGGAUUUCGGAGCGACGCGAGGAUUCGACAAAAGCUUCACCGACAUUUACAUCGAGGUCAUCAAAGCGGCUGCUGAGCAGGACAGAGAAAGAGUCCUGGUGAAAUCCAGAGAGAUGAAGUUCCUCACAGGAUACGAGUCCAAGGCGAUGGAGAACGCCCACGUGGACGCGGUGAUGAUCCUGGGCGAGGCCUUCUCGUCCACCGUGCCCUUCGACUUCGGCGAUCAGAGCACGACGGAGCGGAUCCACCGGCUGAUCCCGGUGAUGAUGCACGAGCGGCUGACCCCGCCGCCGGAGGAAACGUACUCCCUCCACCGGAAGAUGGGCGGAUCCUUCCUCAUCUGCUCCAAGCUCAGCGCCAAGGUCCGCUGCAAGGACAUGUUCCAGGAGACGUACAGGAAGUACUGGGAGGACGGGUCGCCCUGACCAUAGACAUAAAUACGUAGACGCCCCAUUGAGCGCUGAGCUGUACGUCAACGUCGCCGCCAUAUUGGAUGUUCAAGACUGCGCUGUAAACUAAUACAAGUAAAUGGACUUAUUUUCAUAAAUAUUUUCAUUUCUACAAAGAUAUGUACGUUUUACGUCUCAUUUAUUCAUUCACACACGCACUAAUAUACUUGGGAAACAG